GACACUCAUGAGUGGGAUGGCUCAACUGAACUCACAACAUUUUUUUGUUUUUGUUUCCAGCCGACAAGUUGAUGUUUGAGCGCGGCUUGAAAACUGCAAGCUGAAACUUUGAAGCUGACGAAAUCACACAGGUUUCUUAACUAAAUAUGGACGAGCUAAGGCAUCAGGUUAUGAUAAAUCAGUUUGUUCUUACAGCCGGAUGUGCGGCAGAUCAAGCAAAGCGGCUUCUACAAGCUUCACACUGGCAGUUUGAGACUGCUCUCAGUACAUUUUUCCAAGAGGCUAAUAUUCCUUACAGCCAUCAAAUGAUGUGCACUCCAGCCAACACCCCAGCGACACCACCCAACUUCCCAGACGCCCUAGUCAUGUUCUCUCAUCUUAAAGCCUCCGAAAGCUUCGGCAACAGCAGUCCCAUCGCUUCUAUGGCCACGUCACCAGGUCCUCACACCAACUGGGCCAUGAGCCCUCCGGCAACCCCCGGUCAUCAGGGGCGAUGGACUCCAGGUCAGCUCAUGCCCCAAACACCCUCACCGGGCUGGCCGGCGGCCGUGACUCAACAAGCCUCUGCCGAGCAUGCUAGUUUCAUCAUGGAGGCCGAGAGAUAGAGACUGCUUUAACUAGCCAUCACACCUUACAGGAAGAGGAGGAUGGACCUUCCUCUUGAAGACUUCGGCGGUGGCGGCGAGAGCGCUGGGAUGCAGUGAAGUGUGCUGGAGCAAAGUGUGGCCUCUUCUCUGAGCCCACAGGAGAUCUGGGACUCUUUUAAAAUUGCUUUUCUUUUGGCGAUAACCAAAAAAGAUGGACAGAAUGAGUAGCAUAUUCACAGAAAACCUCAGACAAAUGAAUGUGUUAUGCAAUACUGUCAGUUCUCAACUAACGGUGUAUACUGGAUUUUGCACUGUGUACUAAACACCUGCAGUGGGUCAUGUCAUUCAUUUUAUGGACAAAAUACAUCUUCAGAAUAUCUUCUUUAACGUUCCACAGAGAAAAGAAAGUCAUACAUGUUUGGAAGGACAUGAGAGUGAGUAAACGAUGAUGGACUGUCUCUUUAAUCAACAGGUUUACUGCAAAAAAAAACACAUCAUCUUUUGGACUGGUCUGUCAUUUUUGACUUCUUUAUGACUUUGUAAUGAACUACAUUGGCAUUUUAUAUUAAAAUAAUGGUACAGUAUAAGUAGUGUUUUAUACCCAGAAUAUUGCACUCUGUGGUUCUGCUCAACACUCAGAGGACACUUUGUUUUAUCUCAAAUCCCUAUUUAAAUAUAUUAAGCAAGAAUAUAUUCCU